GUCUGCAGCACUAGCCUUCGGUGGCCCGACUGCCAUUGCCACCGCAUUGAGGGGCAUUGUCGUAAACAGGCAUUGCUCAUUCAGUAUUUGGUGAAACAUCCCUUACUUGAGAAAUAAGGCUAUAUAUAAGGUAAGGAGGUCCUAACAUGUCCAGUGUCGCUAGUCCUGCCUCUUCUAAAGGUGAAGAUAGACGACGGAGAGAAAAUGCCACGAGAAGGCGAUGACUCGGAGAUCGCCUUGCUCAGGAUACAACUUGAAGCUUGUCUGGCAAGGAAUGUUUCCCUGGAGAAAGAAAAUCAGGAGUUGAGGCAUGAAGCGGCGCGCCUAAAGUCGCAGAUAAGCUCCCUCAAGGCGCAUGAUAACGAAAGGAAGUCCCUUCUCUGGAAGAAGAUACAGAACUCACUAGAGAUCGAAAAUGCGUCUCUGCAGAAACCAACUGCUAAGUUAGCGGAACGUGAUUCGCCGGCUGAGAACUUAUCUCCGAGACAGGCUUUUGCAGCUAAAAAGGAUAGAGAAGAAAGGAUCCCGAUUCCUCCCCCAAAGCCUAAUGCUAACGUUGCUUCCUUCAAGGAUGAGAACGGGAAAAAGUCGCCAUCGGCACCAGCACCGCCGCCGCCGCCGCCACCAUCAAGAUCACUUUCAGGGAUCCGAGCAGUUCGCCGUGUGCCGGAAGUGGUGGAGCUGUACCGUGCGCUGACGAGGAAAGAUGCACGGAAGGAGAACAAAUCCAACCCAACAGGAGUACCCACAGUAACAUUCACUAGGAACAUGAUCGGAGAGAUCGAGAACCGCUCUUCUUAUCUCUCGGCUAUUAAAUCCGACGUGGAGAGACAAGGGCAAUUCAUCAAUUUCCUAAUCAAGGAAGUGGAAUCGACAGCCUUCAAAGAUAUGACCGAUGUGGAGGCGUUCGUCAAGUGGCUGGAUGAAGAACUAUCAUCCCUGGUUGACGAGAGGGCGGUCCUGAAGCAUUUCCCGUGGCCUGAAAGAAAAGCAGAUGCCAUGAGGGAAGCGGCUUUUAGCUAUCGGGACUUGAGGAACUUAGAAUCUGAAGUUUCUUCGUUCCAGGACAAUCCCAAGGAGCCCUUCAUCCCGGCCCUGAGACAGAUGCAAGCAUUGCAAGACAGGUUGGAGCAAAGUAUUAACAACGUGGAGCGGACGAGAGAGAGCAUGAGUAAGAAAUACAGGGAUCUCCAGAUUCCUUGGCAAUGGAUGCUGGACACAGGACUGAUCGGUCAGAUGAAGCUAAGCUCGAUGAGACUUGUGAAGGAAUACAUGAAGAGGAUAGCCAGAGAAAUGUGCUCUAGCGAAUGCUCGCAAGAGGACAACCUUACGCUUCAAGGGGUUCGCUUUGCUUUCCGAGUGCACCAGGUGGUUUUGACGACGAAGCCAUAGGUGCAUUUGAACUACUGAAGAAGGCUGGCUUGGGUUAUCAGAAACCACAAAAUAUGGCCACGGACUUGUAAUCAUGUGUUGUUGGUCAGGUCAGGGCCACUAUAUAGGCUAUUCGUAUAGAAAAUUUUCCCGUCUUUCCGUUUUUCUAUGUUUCGGAAAACGAGUAAACGAAAGCCUCCUAGAGUCACUCGCUAUAGCUAUUGUAUGCACUCAAACCAUCUCAUAUCUUUUACACACUUCUGGUGAAAAUCCAGACAGGAAUGAGCUUCACUGAUGAAAGAACAGUUUGGAUAAGUUCUGUGUCAAAAUCUUCUGUUAGGACAAAUAUCAUCUGGAAGAUAGGACGAUUGAUUCA